AGCAAGAUCCUUAGCAGGUGAGAUGUGUGUCUUUCUCAAGGCUUGGACAGGGAGAAAGAGAUUUACAUUGUUACAUGACUAAUGAAAGGUUUUGUCUCUAAUGAGGUUUGUUGAAACAAUCCUUCAUGUAUGUUUUUAUUGCAAAUGUUCUAUUGACUUAUAAGUACAACUAUCUACUUUCAGCAUUUACCUAGACUGAAUUAAUUUGCCCAAUCUCUACUUUUUUGGCAAUGUGCAGGUUUUGUUCUGAAAAUGUGAAUACCCCAAUGCACCUAGUAUAAUGUGUAGCCUUCCACUGAAUUACAUAUGAUGUGUUUUUGAAGCAGAUUGAGCUUCUCUCGUAAUAUCUCUAUCCCCCAUUAAAUUCGUAAAUAUUUGCAAGCAGCACAUCAUUAUGGAGACAGACCAAGAGGCUUGCAAGGCAGCUGUGAGUUGUCCAGCUCCAAGCCAAGGAGCCGUCAAGACUGGCUGGCUGUCCUCCAACAAGAGAGGUAAGGGACUGUGUCCAUUCUAAGUAUCAUGGGUCCCAUCUACCACCGCUGAAAUUAAUCUAGUUUCUAGUUUCUUCUAGAAAGUAAUUUACCAGAGUAAAUAGAUGUUACGUUUUUUUCUGAAAUGUAUUUUUCCAGUUAGCAUGCAUAGUAUUAUUGAAUAUUACGUAAUACUACUUGAAUGCUUUACAAACAAGUAGGGUAUUUACAAGAGGCUGAUAGAUGGCUCUUUAGAUUAAUAAACGGAUAAAUUACUGGUCUUUGAGGGUCCCUUUCCGGGACACAGAGUUAAGAUUAGUCCUGAACUAAGUGGAGAUUCUAAACUGUGUCCGGCAAACUGGCCCUGAAUGUUUUAAAAUCAACAUAGAUCUCGUUAGGUGUUUCUGAAUACAGAAAAAGUUGUUUAGGCAAACACACAUGACUAGGAGAAUCUUAGCCAAAAUGUAAACCUAAAUGUUGCAUUUACUACAUUGUUUGUUAUUCAUAAACCUCAAAAAUAUGUUAAAAAUUAACCAAUAAGAGCAAAGUUAUUUUUAUAGAACUGUAUAACUUUUGAUGAGUUAGACUUUUGUGCUGCCAUAAAAAGCAAAUUGGAUCAUUCUCACAAAUAAACGCUUAAAAAAUGUGUACUAGACAGUUCUAUGCAACCAAUGUUUUUAAGAAUCCUCAAGACUUAGUAGAAUAUGGUACAAUAUUUUCAACAUUGUAACCAGACCCUCCAUUGUCUACUAGUAAGCAUCAUCAAAUGGAUGCAGUAACAGGGCUUGCAAGUGUUAUAUAAUUUCAUUAAAGCUGUUGUUGCAACCUGGACUCAGGGGUAGACGUAACAUAGUAAACAAAAAUCUGGGAGAUGCGAAUUAGUAUUAUAUGUUAUGUUUGGUAUGGUAUGUAUUAAUUUGUGGAUGUCCAUCAUCCAUUUUGUAUUUUAAGUUACAAAUUACAAAUCGUAUGAUAUGUUAUGAAUUGCAAUUUGUACAAUAUGUUACAAAUUUGCAAUUCGUACAAUAUGUUAUGAAUUCCAAUUUGUUGUGGCUAAUGUUAGCUAGGUGGCUAGGUGGCUAACGCUAAUGUUAGCUAGGUGGCUAACGUUAGGUAGGCUAGGGUUUAGGGGUUAAGGUUAGGUUUAAGUUUAGGGUUAAGGUUAUGGUUAGGAGUUAGGUUAAAAGGUUACAUUUAGGGAAGGGUUAGCUAAAAUGCUAUGUAGUUUCAAAGUAGCUAAAAAGUAGUAAGUAGUUGCAAAGUUGCUAAUUGGCUAAAAUGCUGAAGUUGUCUGUGAUGAGAUUCGAACACACAACCUUUGGGUUGCAGCAACCCAGUUGCUAGACUUUCGAGUUAUACGUCCACCCAUCCACCCUGACCAACCACCCUACUUUCAUUUUUGCCUUAAGUAACAUUCUGCUUAUGUAACCAUACUAAACGUAACAUAUCACACUCAUUUGAGUGUCCCAGUCUAGUCUAUGAGACCAGGCUCGUUAAAAAUCCCACCUUUGUCACAAAUACACUCUCUCUCACACCCAUAAACAGGCAAUUGCCAUUCCAGGAAGCUUGACAAUAAAACAUUGACUACUAGGCUACUAGGAUAGUCAGGAGCUCUCUGUUGGAUGAGCCAAAUGCUGCCUCAGCAUCAGCAUAGACCUCUAUAGUACUCACUGUCUGUGGGCGCAAUCUGACUGACUCAUGUUGUGGUGAGUUAAAUUCACUGACCCUGUGGUAAAUUCCACUGUCUUCCCUGUUAUGCCUCAUUUCCUUCCUCAUGUUCUCAGGCCCCCCAGUGGCCAAGCCGCCAUCUGAUGGGACCUCUCGUUUCCAAGGGGACGGGGUUCGCUAUAAGGCCAAGCUGAUUGGCUUGGACUACGUCCCAGCGGCCCAGGGAGACAAGAUGUGUUUGGACUCCAUGAUGAAACUCAAGGUAGAGCCGCCUGUGGGAAAGAGUCCACUCUAAUACUUACUGUACAUUGCCAUUUCUUGAAAGUAAUGUUAUCUUACAUGUGUCAUCAAUCACUAGAAAUAGGAAGUUGUGUGGUCAGUCAGCGGCAGGGAUGAUAUGAGAAAACUAUGUCCUGUUCGUUUCCAAAAAUAUCUUCUCAUGUCAUCAUUUGGAAUGUAUCAUUCAUCAUGCGAGUAAGACGAAUACAGCAAGCUUGUGAUUAGUCAGAAACACAGUUUCAAUGUAGAAAAGACUGAUUGAAGCUGCAUGUGUGUUUUUAUUUUAUUUUAUUAGGAUAACCAUUAGCUGACGCCAAUAGCGACAGCUAGUCUUCCUGGGGUCUGACACAUAACGAAAAAGACAUCACAGACAAAAACACUUGACAAUUUACAUACAUUUUAAAACAUUCACAUAGACAUUAAAGACUAUAUAUAUAUAUAUAUAUAUAUAUAUAUAUAUAUAUAUAUAUAUAUAUAUAUAUAUAUAUAUAUAGUACCAGUCAAAAGUUUGGACACACCUACUCAUUCAAGGGUUUUUCUUUAUUUUUACAUUGUAGAAUAAUAGUGAAGACAUCAAAACUAUGAAAUAACACAUAUGGAAUCAUGUAGUAACCAAAAAAGUGUUAAACAAAUAUAUUUUAUAUUUGACAUUCUUCAAAUAGGCACCCUUUGCCUUGAUGACAGCUUUGCACACUCUUGGCAUUCUCUCAACCAGCUUCACCUGGAAUGCUUUUCCAACAGUCUUGAAGGAGUUCCCACAUAUGCUGAGCACUUCUUGGCUGCUUUUCCUUCACUCUGCCAUCCGAGUCAUCCCAAACCAUCUCAAUUGGGUUGAGGUCGGGGAUUGUGGAGGCCAGGUCAUCUGAUGCAGCACUCCAUCACUCUCCUUCUUGGUCAAAUAGCCCUUACACAGCCUGGAGGUGUGUUGUGUCAUUGUCCUGUUGAAAAACAAAUGAUAGUCCCACUAAGACCAAACCAGAUGGGAUGGCGUAUCGCUGAAGAAUGCUGUGGUAGCCAUGCUGGUUAAGUGUGCCUUGAAUUCUAAAUAACUCACAGACAGUGUCACCAGCAAAGCACCCCCACACCAUAACACCUCCUCCUCCAUGCUUUACAGUGGGAACUACACAUGCUGAGAUAAUCAGUUCACCCACACCGCGUCUCACAAAUCUCCAAUUUGGACUCCAGACCAAAGGACACAUUUCCACCGGUCUAAUGUCCAUUGCUCAUGUUUCUUGGCCCAAGCAGGUCACUUCUUAUUAUUGGUGUCCUUUAGUAGUGGUUUCUUUGCAGCAAUUCAACCAUGAAGGCCUGAUUCACACAGUCUACUCUGAACAGUUGAUGUUGAGAUGUGUCUGUUACUUGAACUCUGUGAAGCAUUUACUUGGGCUGCAAUUUCUGAGGCUGGUAACUCUAAUAAACUUAUCCUCUGCAGCAGAGGUAAUCAUAGUGCUUGAUGGUUUUUGUGACUGCACUUAAAGAAACUUUCAAAGUUCUGGACAUUUUCCGUAUUGACUGACCUUCAUGUAUUAAAGUAAUGAUGGACUGUUGUUUCUCUUUGCUUAUUUGAGCUGUUCUUGCCCUAAUAUGGACUGGGUCUUUUACCAAAUAGGGCUAUCUUCACAACUGAUUGGCUCAAAUGCGUUAAGAAGGAAAUAAAUUCCACAAAUUAACUUUUAAGAAGGCACACCUGUUCAUUGAAAUGCAUUCCAGGUGACUACCUCAUGAAGAUGGUUGAGAGAAUGCCAAGAGUGUGCAAUCCUGUCAUCAAGACAAAGGGUGGCUAUUUGAAGAAUCUCAAAUAUAAAAUAUAUUUUGAUUUGUUUAACACUUUUUUGGUUACUACAUGAUUCCAUAUGUGUUAUUUCAUAUUUUUUAUGUCUUCACUAUUAUUCUACAAUGUAAAAAAUUUUAAAAAUAAAGACAAAUAAAGAAAAACCCUUGAAUCAGUAGGUGUGUCCAAACUUUGGACUGGUAGUGUAUAUAAAUACAACUAUAGGCACACAAAUUUACAUUCACAUUUUUCUAAAUUGUGUGUGUGUUUGUGUUUGCGUGUGCGUGUGAACACAGGGCCAGGAGGUGGCAGGCAGGAUCCAGGGACGACACAAGCAAAGGGUGUGGCUGAAGGUGUCCAUUACUGGUGUGAAAAUCUUAGAUGAGAGGACUGGGGUAAGUCAGUGCUGCUACUGCAAGACUCCACACACUCUAGGAUCUAGGCUGCCAUGAGUAGUUUAAUGCUUUAAUGGUUCAACUCUUAGGUCUUCAUCAGAUCAGUCCUAAUCUUGCAGCAUAUAUUCGUAAAUCUGGCAUCAGCAUCUGAGAUUUAGGUCGGACCUAAUGAGGCAUUGAUUGCAGGGCGCGAGGUCUUCAUCCAGCCUGCUUUCUGAUUUAAAUGUGGCCCGUGUUGUAAAACAUUAUGAUUUUCAAUUUUUAAAUACGACCCCAGACCUCACUCGAACGUCUAAAACCUGAUGGAAAGUAUGUAGAAAUUAUAAUGGAUAUAUAUUUUGAAAAUCAUUAAAAUCCCAAUGUGGCCCUCGAGAUGUUGCCCUUCCCUGUUCUCUAGGUGCUGACACUCGCACACACUCCCAGUUUUCCCUAAACAUUGGCAUAGCUGCCUGGGAGGCCCACAGAAGAUAGGAUGGGAACUAUCCCAUCUGCUGAGGGCCAGCCAGGCCAGAUGUAUACUAUCCAGGUAAACUGAGAGGAUGCAGGGGGACUAAACUAAGGACUUUAAUGUCUCUCUUAGGCAAGAUAACAUGAAGCAGGACAUAAUCAUAUCCUAUCAGAUUGAAUUAUGAGGAAUGGGAUUGAGUUCUGGGAAAGUUUUUAUUUUUAAAGAUGAUGGACCUAAUCCAGGUACGUUUGGGUAUGUAAUGCUGUAGGUAAUGCUGUGGGCACAUUGAUAUUAUAGAUAAUAUUAAGAACCAUUUCAGAGAAAUUGCUUCUUUUUCAAUUGUAUUAUUUAUUAUAUAUAAUGAAAAAUGACCAUGAGAGAAACUAGUCUUCUGCUAUUUUGAGGUAUAUCAAUAAUAAUGUUUGAAAAUUACAGAUAUCCCAAAUUCCUGACCUUCAAAUGGCUACCUUGUCCUUUUCUCUUGAAUUGACUAGUACACUCUUGGGAUGACAGAAGGCCAUUUUAGCACACUAGCCUUUGCCUUCUUUACACUGCUAUAACCUGUCACAAUCGUCAUACAUAGAGGAGGACCAAGGCGCAGCGUUGAAGGCGAACAUAUUUAUUUAAUAAAUGAUCACACGAUCAAAACAACAAAACGAUGACGUGACAGUCAAUGGUAAUACACAAACCAAAUACGAACAAGAAACCACAAUGAAUGAGUACCAAACGGCUACCUAAGUAUGACUCCCAAUCAGAGACAACGAGCUACAGCCGUCUCUGAUUGGGAGCCACCCUGGCCAACAUAGAUCUACAAAACCAGAAAGUGAAACCUAGAACACACAUAGACUAUACACACCCUGGCUCAACAUAUUAGAGUCCCCAGAGCCAGGGCGUGACAGUACCCCCCCCUAAAGGCGCGGACUCCGACCGCGCCCACCAAACACCACAGGGGAGGGACCGGGUGGGCACUCCGCUUAGGCGGCGGAUCCGGCUCCGGGCCUUAUUCCCCGCUCCCUCUCCAACCCCCCAAAGUACCCCUGGUCCGGUCUGGCCCCGCUGGCCGGAGCUGGACUGCACACUGGUGGAGCGGAUUGCUCUAGCUCCGGCGUGAAGCAUCUGACCGGUGCCGGACCAGCCACCGGUGGAACAGGCACGGGCCGUGCCGGACUGACGACGCACACCACUGGCUUGGUGCGGGGAGCAGGAGCGGGCCGAGCCGGGCUGUCGAAGCACACCACUGACUUGGUGCGGGGAGCAGGAACGGGCCGAGCCGGGCUGACGAAGCGCACCACUGACUUGGUGCGGGGAGCAGGAACGGGCCGAGCCGGGCUGACGAAGCGCACCACUGACUUGGGGCGGGGAGCAGGAACGGGCCGAGCCAGGCUGACGAAGCGCACCACUGACUUGGGGCGGGGAGCAGGAACGGGCCGAGCCGGGCUGACGAAGCGCACCACUGACUUGGUGCGGGGAGCAGGAACGGGCCGAGCCGGGCUGACGAAGCGCACCACUGACUUGGUGCGGGGAGCAGGAACAGGCCGGACCGUACUGGGGACACACACCACUGGUCCUACGCAGGGAUCUGGAAUGGGCCGGACCGGACUGGUAACACACCCCAGUACCUCUCGCCGUGCCUCUACACCUUCCACCCCCUCUUCGACCAGUGGCCCCCGUAACCUGGCGGCCUCCUCUGCCAAUCUGCUGGGCCGCUCUGCCGCGGUCUCCUGCUGGCCCGUCGUCCACGGCGUUAGCCCCCCCCUAAAAAUGUCCUGGGCGUCUCUCCUACCCGUGGACCAGGUCUCCAUGUCCCUCGCCAGCCUUUCGCCCUUCUGCCACAAUGUCAAGCCCUUCUCUUCCUCACUCGGCUUGACCCAGUCGAGGAGGCUAAGGAGAUCUGCUAGAGAUCUCCCUGGCGAUGGCUCCUGGACACGCUGCUUGUUCAAAUCUUGGUGGUUUCUUCUGUCACGAUCGUCAUACAUAGAGGAGGACCAAGGCGCAGCGUUGAAGGCAAACAUAUUUAUUUAAUAAAUGAUCACACGAUCAAAACAACAAAACGAUGACGUGACAGUCAAUGGUAAUACACAAACCAAAUACGAACAAGAAACCACAAUGAAUGAGUGCCAAACGGCUACCUAAGUAUGACUCCCAAUCAGAGACAACGAGUACAGCCGUCUCUGAUUGGGAGCCACCCUGGCCAACAUAGAUCUACAAAACCAGAAAGUGAAACCUAGAACACACAUAGACUAUACACACCCUGGCUCAACAUAUUAGAGUCCCCAGAGCCAGGGCGUGACAUAACCACUUUCACCAAGAGAUGCUCUCUAGUUGCAGACCACAUGAUGUUUAUAUCGCUGACUGUCUGGUUGCUAUAUCCAUUCCACCGUCAUCCUGUUGUGUUCACGAUAUAGGUUGUGGAGUAUAACCACGAGAGAGGGAAGAUAAACUCCCUGACAAAGGAUGAGUCCGACCCUAGAGCCCUCUCCUACAUCUACGAUCACGAAGGCACCUACACCCUGUUCUACAUCAAGAUGGCUAAUUUGGUAAGGGGUUUUGAUCUGAUCAAAAGAUCCAGACAUUAUUCAUAAUCACAGCAAAUACAUGUCUUGUUAGUAAUUAUAUAAAUUAUGACUAUGUAUUUGGGACAAUACACCAUAAUUCUGUCCGGAAUUCAAUCAUUUGCGGGAUUUUUAGAAGUGUGUUUAAUUUGUACAGCAGUGCAAUGAUUGAAUUGUUAGCUAAAAUCCAACAGUAUAUCAAAUCAAAAGUGUAACUGACGUUUGGAUGCUUAUGGAACAGGCUGACCCUGUCCUUGAUGAUAUCAAAGAAGUCUGCCAAAGCCCAGUAACACAAGAGGACCAAGUCAUAAAAGUCAAUAAACCAGUAGAGGUGAGGAUAAAGUACACUUACUGUUGUCCAAAGGUUUGUAUAGGCAAUUCUUCUGCUAACUAUUUUAGGGAUGUCCUGGUAUACAUACAUACAGUUGAAGUCGGAAGUAUACAUACACCUUAGCCAAACACAUUUAAACUCAGUUUUUCACAAUUCCUGACAUUUAAUCCUAGUAAAAAUUCCCUGUCUUAUGUCAGUUAGUAUCACCACUUUAUUUUAAGAAUGUGAAAUGUCAGAAUAAUAGUAGAGAUAAUUAUUUAUUUCAGCUCUUAUUUCUUUCAUCACAUUCCCAGUGGGUCAGAAGUUUACAUACACUCAAUUAGUAUUUGGUAGCAUUGCCUUUAAAUUGUUUAACUUGGGUCAAACUUUUCGGGUAGCCUUCCACAAGCUUCCCACAAUAAGUUGGGUGAAUUUUGGCCCAUUCCUCUUGACAGAGCUGGUGUAACUGAGUCAGGUUUGUAGGCCUCCUUGCUCGCACACGCUUUUUCAGUUCUGCCCACAAAUGUUCUAUAGGAUUGAGGUCAGGGCUUUGUGAUGGCCACUCCAAUACCUUGACUUUGUUGUCCUAAAGCCAUUUUGUCACAACUUUGGAAGUAUGUUUGGGGUCAUUGUCCAUUUGGAAGACCCAUUUGCAACCAAGCUUUAACUUCCUGACUGAUGUCUUGAGAUGUUGCUUCAAUAUAUCCACAUAAUUUUCCUUCCUCAUGAUGCCAUCUAUUUUGUGAAGUGCACCAGUCCCUCCUGUAGCAAAGCACCCCCACAGCAUGAUGCUGCCACCCCCGUGCUUCACGGUUGGGAUGGUGUUCUUCGGCUUGCAAGCAACCCCCUUUUUCCUCCAAACAUAACAAUGGUUAUUAUGGCCAAACAGUUCUAUUUUUGUUUCAUCAGACCGGAGGACAUUUCUCCAAAAAGUACGAUCUUUGUCCCCAUGUGCAGUUGCAAACCGUAGUCUGGCUUUUUUAUGGCAGUUUUGGAGCAGUGGCUUCUUCCUUGCUGAGCGGCCUUUCAGGUUAUGUCGAUAUAGGACUCGUUUUACUGUGGAUAAAGAUACUUUUGUACCUGUUUCCUCCAGCAUCUUCACAAGGUCCUUUGCUGUUGUUCUGGGAUUUAGUUGCACUUUUCGCACCAAACUACGUUCAUCUCUAUGAGACAGAACACAUCUCCUUCCUGAGCGGUAUGACGGCAUCGUGGUCCCAUGGUGUUUAUACUUGCGUACUAUUGUUUGUACAGAUGAACGUGGUACCUUCAGGCGUUUGGAAAUUGCUCCCAAGGAUGAACCAGACUUGUGGAGAUCUACAAUUUAUUUUCUGAGGUCUUGGCUGAUUUCUUUUGAUUUUCCCAUGAUGUCAAGCAAAGAGGCACUGAUUUUGAAGGCAGGCCUUGAAAUACAUCCACAGGUACACCUCCAAUUGACUCAAAUGAUGUCAGUUAGCCUAUCAGAAGCUUCAAAGCCAUGACAUCAUUUUCUCGAAUUUUCCAAGCUGUUUAAAGGCACCGUCAACUUAGUGUAUGUAAACUUCUGACCCACUGGAAUUGUGAUACAGUGAACUAUAAGUGAAAUAAUCUGUCUGUAAACAAUUGUUGGAAAAAUUACUUGUGUCAUGCACAAAGUAGAUGUCCUAACCGACUUGUUAACAACUAUAGGUUGUUAACAAGAAAUUUGUGUAGGGGUUGAAAAACGAGUUUUAAUGACUCCAACCUAAGUGUAUGUAAACUUGCGACUUCAACUGUAUGUAGUCUCUAUAAUGGCCAGGGUGCCUUUUGAUAACAAUCCCUUGCUUCUCAAUUAUUAUUUGUCUCUAGAAUGCUGCCGCCUUACUGCUUCUUGAUGAGAUUAUAGCUUCUCCAAAGGUAAGGAGAGCGAGUAACUACAGGAGGCCUCUUCCUAAUAUGGAACAAACCAAUGUUGUAGUUUUUGCAUGGUAAAACCAAGUUAGAUCGAUUGAGAAAGAAUAUUCUUGCAUACUCAAAUAUUCUAGCUACUGUACAUCAUCUCAACUGCCAACAUGAGAUAUAAAAUGAGAUCGUCUUUGGACAUAAUGUUAACUUCUCAUUUGAAGGGCCUGGAUGAUAUGGAAAUGUUCAAUUCCAUGCCUAGCUCUCCGUCAGGGCAACCAAAGCAGGUAAUGGACACAUUUGAUGGUCUCUCAUCAACUUUAACAAUGUAUAUGCUUUUAUAUGGUAGGCCUAGGCAAACCCACCAGUCAUUGACUUUCAGCAGGUGGCAGACUUGUUCUUUGUGAACUUUACAUUGAGCAGCGAUGACAUAAUCCUGUCUACUUGUUGUGGUUUGUUCCCACAGAUCUCAUCCAGGGACGAGCUGAUGGACAUCUUCUCUUUCACCAGUCAAAACUCUGACAUGAAUCAACCAGGUGAGUUAUUACCCAGCAAACAUAUCGUGGUUCCCUAUUCUUUCUCAGAAUGUUAACGCUUUAAAAAGAUACAAGUGGUAAGCUAAAAAAGGUUUCCAAAUAUGUUCCCAUUACAUCACUAAUAUGUCACCUUUGACAUAUAGAAAAUGCAAUGAAGGGGCAAAUCUGACAAAUAUCCUAUUUUUUAAAAUAACUUUCAUGGGAUAUUCUAAUGGUAACAUUUGCUGCCUGAGGGCCAUGUUGGGACUAACCUGGUCUCAGAACAUUUCGUAUUAUUCUGUUCGUAAAUCCGAGAUAUACAUUUAGUAUAAUAUGUUAUGUUUCGUAUGGUAUGUAUUAAUUUGUUAAUGUCCAUCAACAAUUUCAUAUGAUAUGUUAAGAACAAGCAAAACGUACAAUAUGUUACAAAUUAGAAAAACUUACUAUAUGUGACCCAUUUGCAAAACAUAUGAUAUGUUACGAAUUCUAACUAGGUGCUAGGUUGCCAAUUUAGCUAGCUGGCUAACGUUAGCUAGGCUAAGGGUUAGGGUUAGGGGAAGGGUUAGCUAAAAGGGUUAAGGUUAGGGUUAGGGGAAGGGUUAGCUAAAAGGAUUAGGGUUAGGGUAGCUAACAUGCUAAGCAGUGGUGGAAAAAGUACCCAAUUGUCAUACUUGAGUAAAAGUAAAGAUACCUUAAUAGAAAAUGACUCAAGUAAAAGUGAAAGUCACCCAGUAAAAUAGUACUUGAGUAAAAGUCUAAAAGUAUUUGGUUUUAAAUAUACUUAAGUAUCAAAAGUAAAUGUCAUUGCUAAAAUAUACUUAAGUAUCAAAAGUAAAAGUAUAAAUAAUUUAAAAUUCCUUAUAUUAAGCAAACCAGACAGCACUAUUUUCUUGUUUUUUAAAUUAAUGGAUAGCCAGGGGCACACUCCAACACUCAGACAUAAUUUACAAAUGAAGCAUGUGUGUUUAGUGAGUCCGCCAAAUCAGAGGCAGUAGGGAUGACCAGAUGUUCUAUUGAUAAGUGCGUGAAUUUGACCAUUUUCCUGUCCUGCUAAGCAUUCAAAAUGUAACGAAUACUUUUGGGUGUCAGGGAAAAUGUAUGGAGUAAAAAGUAUAUCAUUUUCUUUAGGAAUGUAGUGAAGUAAAAGUAAAAGUAGUCAAAAAUAUAAAUAGUAAAGUACAGAUACCAAAAAAAAACACUUAAGUAGUACUUUAAAGUAUUUUUAUUUAAGUACUUUACAUCGCUGAUGCUAAGUAGUUGCAAAGUAGCUAAAAAGUAGUAAGUAGUUGAAAAGUUGCUAAUUAGCUAAAAUGCUAAAGUUGUCCGUGAUGAGAUUCGAACUCACAACCUUUGAGUUACUAGAUGUUCGCCCACCCAUCCACUCCGACCAACCAUCCUACUUUCGUUUUUGUCUUAUGUAACCAUCUGUCUUCUGUAAUAAUACCAAACGUAACAUAUAAUACUAAUUUUAGUGUCCCGGAUUUACAUUUACUAUUUUAUGUCUAUUCUAUGAGACCAGGCUGUGGGACUACACUGCAACAUUACCUAUAUUCAAGGAAUGUUGACUGUUUGCUGGGUAGUAACAUUGGAAUAAUAAAAGUCUUAUAUCAUUGGCAUUGUAACAUGGCCUCAUUUCAACCCUUGACUCAUUAAGAAUUGAGGAAGAAUUUGAGACAUAAAUAUCCAUCCAGACCACCGCCAUUAAACAACCUGCUUCUCUGACAUACAUGUUUUAAGCUUUGUCCACAUUGUAAGCGGACAAUAAUUCCAUUCUUGUUCAUAUGCCCAGCGCAAUAAUAGACUCCAAUCCUAUUUUUUUAACCGGAAAAUGUAGUGUGGACAUAGCUAGCAUCACAAGGAGAAUGCUUUGCCACUUUUAAUAUACCUUCUGAUUUCUUCAAGGAUCUCCACAGUCUCUGUCAGUUCCUCAGAUAGUUCCCACCUUCCCUGGUCAGCCGGUCGCUGUUGCACCAUUCAUCUCACCUGUUUCAAUACCUUGGGGCCAGCAAGGGCCCCUCCCAACUCUCUCGCCCAGUUCAAAUAGAACCUGGGGGGCUCCGGCCCCCUGGCUUUCCAAGCCCAGCAUGACCGGAUGGGUUCCGGGGCCGGGUGGCAUGAUGCCCUAUGGAGGCCCCCAGCUGCAGGGGUAUGGAGUGAACCCACAGCCAGGGGUUAUGUGGGGUCAGAACACAAUGAGCUUUCCCACCUCUGCCCCAAACUACACGCCCUACAGGGCAGAGGGACUUCAGCAGCAGCCCGGCUCUCCCACCACCAACAACAAACCAGCCCAGGGAUGAACUGGCUUAGAGAGGCACUGAAAUGUCCCUGUUGUCUUCAUGUCUGUAUGCUUAGCAUUGUCAGGGCCGGAUUACAGAACGGGCAUGCAGGGCACGACCUUGGGG